AUGGACCACAACCUAAAGAGCCUUGAUUACUUGGAAGAUGGGCAGAGUCACACAACAGACAAGGUCAGCCGACCAAUGGCAGAGAGCAAAAAGAGUAAGCAGCUCACAGGAGGCCCGAGGGCGGAGACAGACAUGAUUUACACCAUAGAAGAUGUCCCAUCGUGGUACCUGUGUGUUCUACUGGGGCUACAGCACUAUCUGACAUGUUUCAGUGGGACGGUGGCAGUCCCAUUCCUUCUGGCCGAAGCCAUGUGUGUAGGUCGAGACCAGCACACCAUCAGUCAGCUGAUUGGUACCAUCUUCACCACUGUGGGAAUCACUACACUGAUCCAGACCACCGUCGGGGUCAGACUUCCUCUGUUUCAGGCAAGCGCUUUUGCUUUUCUGAUUCCUGCUCAGGCCAUUCUGAGUCUGGACCGAUGGAAAUGUCCCAGCGAAGAGGAGAUUUAUGGGAACUGGACUCUUCCACUCAACACCUCACACAUCUGGCAGCCACGAAUCAGAGAGAUCCAGGGGGCUAUCAUUGUGUCCAGUGUGGUGGAGCUGAUCGUCGGUCUGUGUGGUUUACCUGGUUUGCUGCUGCGGUACAUUGGUCCUUUGACUAUCACUCCGACUGUCUCACUGAUCGGUCUGUCUGUGUUCACCACUGCUGGAGAUCGAGCCGGAUCACACUGGGGCCUGUCAGCACUGUGUAUUCUGCUCAUAUUACUGUUUGCUCAGUACCUGAGAGCGACAUCACUUCCUAUUCCUGUUUACAGCAGAACGAAAGGACUCACCUCUACCAGGGUCCAGAUCUUCAAGAUGUUUCCUAUCAUUCUUGCCAUCUUACUCGUGUGGCUCGUCUGUUACAUCCUCACUCUGACCAACCUGUUGCCUAGUGACCCCGAUCGCUAUGGACACAAGGCUCGGACCGAUGCCCGAGGAGACAUCAUGGCUUCAUCGCCGUGGUUCAGAAUGCCCUAUCCCUGCCAGUGGGGGUUGCCCGUAGUAACAGUUGCUGGGGUUUUGGGGAUGAUGAGCGCGACACUGGCAGGCAUUGUGGAGUCAAUUGGGGAUUAUUACGCCUGUGCCCGUCUCUCUGGAGCCCCGCCCCCUCCGGUCCAUGCCAUCAACAGGGGGAUCUUCACUGAGGGCGUCUCUUGCAUCAUUGCUGGACUUUUAGGAACAGGAAAUGGUUCAACCUCCUCUAGUCCAAAUAUAGGCGUCCUGGGCAUUACCAAGGUGGGCAGCAGGCGGGUAGUGCAGUACGGAGCUGGCAUCAUGUUCGUGUUGGGAUCUGUCGGGAAGUUCACGGCUCUGUUCGCCUCACUGCCUGAUCCCAUCCUAGGAGGAAUGUUCUGCACGCUUUUUGGUAUGAUCACAGCUGUUGGUCUUUCAAACCUGCAGCUUGUUGAUCUGAAUUCUUCGAGAAAUCUCUUUGUUCUUGGAUUCUCAAUGUUCUUUGGUUUGACUUUGCCGACAUACCUGGAUGCUCAUCCCAACUCCAUUAGCACAGGUGUUCCAGAACUGGAUCAGAUCUUGACAGUUCUUCUCUCUACUGAAAUGUUUGUUGGAGGUUUUCUGGCAUUCUGCCUUGACAACACAAUCCCAGGUUCCAAACUGGAGCGAGGGUUAAUCCACUGGACAUCUGAAGCAUCCUCUUCCCUCUCCUCUUCCUCAUCAUAUGAUUUUCCUGUUGGGAUGGGUGUGGUCAGGCGGAUACGCUGGCUCCGACGGUUUCCCAUAAGCCCCACCUUCAGAGGUUUCAAAGUGUCUAAUGAGGAGCUGGUGGAAGAGGAGGAGGACGUACGAGGAAGACAAAAAGAGGAGGAUGUACUGGAAGAAGAAGCAGUUGACAUCAGUACGAAGGUAUGAUCAGGGCUUACCAGUGCAUGUAUAGACAAGGUGAUCAGAAAAAGAUGGGAUGUCAAAACGUGUCUAUAAUCUGACAGAAGACCAACGGACCAAAGAUACAGAUGGACUGAGGGAUUAAUAAAACGAUGGAAUUUUAACUCUAGGCCAAAACUGUUCUGGAGAAAAAUGUGAAAAUGUAAACUUGAUUAUUGCAGCACUACCUAGGAGUCCGGUAUGCCAUGUGUUGGCAUUUCCGUAGUGCAGCAAUCUGUAACCAGUGUGCCAAUUUUUGUGUCUAGUGGUACUAUGGUUUAUGUUUGUUUUUUUUUUUAAGCACAAUUUAAUAAUGAAUAUUUUUUUUGCUUUUUGGGUCUGUGUUCCUGAUACAUGUGUCUGCCAAAGUCGGUACAUUUAGGUCAAUCCUCAAACCUCAUGUGGGGCCUGAAUUUCUUUAAAUAUUCUAGGAGGCACUAUUGAGAUAUUUCCCACAGUCAUAGAAGAAAGUGCUAAAAUAUUUUUUAUUUGUUGUUCAGGCCUUCAAAUGAUCAUUUUCAAAGAAUAAUUAUAAUCCUAACAGAUA